AUGGCGAGUGCGCGGGUGAACCCAAAUUCAAUCAGCUACACCGCUGCGGUUGGCGCGUGCGGAAAGGUCGGGCAGUGGCGGCGUGCGCUGUCUCUACUGAGCAGCAUGCGGGAGGCUGAGCUCGAGCCGGAGGCCACGCCCUACGGUUAUGCCAUAAGCGCGUGCGAGAAGGGAGGCAGGUGGCAACAGGCGCUGUCCUUGAUAUCUGAGAUGGGCGAGCUGAGGCUGGAAGCGUCUUUCGUUGUCUAUACCUGCGGAGUCAGGGCAUGUGGCAGAUACGGGCCGUGGCAGCAGGCGCUGUCGUUACUCUGCGGGAUGGGAGGGGUGGCGGUUGAGGCUGAUUUAGUUGCUUACAAGGAGGUGAUUGACGCAUGCGAAUAUGGCCAGCAGUGGCAGCACGCACCUGUAUUGGUCAGGGAAUUUGGGAGCGCGGCCUUUUUCACGAUGAGUGACCGUUGGAGUCUCUGUUCUGCUCAGGUGAGCACGUCUAAAGCAUUGGAACACGUGCCUGUGUGA